AAAAAAAAAAAAAAACCGACUGCACUUUUCAAAUCCGUGAGAACUGUUAAGGAGGAAGUUCAUGGUUGUCUGAGUGGAUGAAAACAAACAAAUAAACUAACAAACACGUUUAAACGGUCCGUAUAAGUUAGUAGAGGAAAGUGCAACAGUGGAAGUCUUUAAGUCUGUGUAAUUACCACAGAGACCUGAUGGGAAAGUGACUUGGAGAGGGUUGUUUGUUUUGUGUGUGUGUGUGUGUUUUUUUUUUUUAUCUCAGUGGACGCUGUUUCGAGCUUGUUUUAUAAUCAGGAAGUAUAUUUUUCCUGUAAAAAAAAAAUUUUUCUGUCCGAAAGAAGAGAUGCAAAAUGUUGUGUAUCGGCGCUUGAACGAGGAAGAGACGCCGUUAAAAGUCCCCGCACUCGACCUGAGAUAGUUCAGUUUGUGUUAGCAUUAGCUUCACUCUCGGCUGCAGGCAGGCUGAUGGCCCGGAGGCGGUUGGAGGCUCGCGGCGGGCUGCUGGCGGACAUCCAGACCGCUAUACUGACUGAACCGCUGGACUCCGUGUUCCACAUGACCGGUGAACUCGGCAGGGGAAAGUUUGCAGUGGUGAAAAAGUGCGUGGAGAAUGCGACAGGAAAAGAGUUUGCGGCGAAGUUUUUGAGGAAGCGGCGGCGAGGCCGUGACUGCAGGGCCGAGGUGAUCCAUGAGCUGGCAGUGCUGGAGGCUUCCCGGUGCAACCCUCGCAUCAUCAACCUGCACGCAGCCUACGAGAACGAGCACGACAUCAUCCUGCUGCUAGAAUAUGCGGCAGGCGGUGAGAUAUUCGACCACUGCGUGUCUGACGAGCUGCUCUCUGAAAGUCAGAUUGUUCGAUUAAUCAGACAGAUUCUUGAGGGCAUCAAUCUGCUGCAUCAGAGCAACAUCGUCCACCUCGACUUGAAGCCUCAGAACAUCCUGCUUACCAGCCUGACUCCUCUGGGGGACAUAAAGAUUGUAGACUUUGGGCUGGCGCGUCGCCUCGGCUCCGUAGGAGAGCUGCGAGAGAUUGUGGGUACGCCCGAGUACGUAGCUCCAGAAAUCCUGAACUACGAGCCCAUCAUGACGGCCACAGACCUCUGGAGCGUCGGUGUGAUCACGUACAUGCUCAUCACGGGAGAGUCUCCAUUCGCUGGCGAGGACAAGCAGCAGACCUUCCUGAACGUCUCCCAGGUGAACGUGGACUACAGCAAAGAGGCGUUCUCUCGCGUGUCCGAGCUCGCCGUCCAUUUCAUCCGAAAACUGCUCGUCAAAGCACCAGAAGAUCGUCCGAGCGCUGCUGAGUGUCUGAGUCACCCGUGGCUGUGGCCGCAGUACCCAGGGGCCGAACUCUCCCUUCCUACGGCAGCGCCACGGUUCCCCCGAGAGCGCAGCGGCGGUUCGAAGUGGGCGUCGGCUCCCGAGGACCCUGAGGACAAAGAGAACAUUUUGGAUUCACCGCAGUCCAAAAGGUUCCGCUUUGUGGACGACGCACACGUGGUGAGGGACAGCAGCAGCUGAACACAUGUCCAGAUCACAGCAGCAGCUGUUCCGUCCAGAUUACUUCUGGGACCACACCAAAGAUGAUCUGCUAAAGUUAGAGCAAAAUCCUGCUGCACCAUAACACGUAAUAUUGAUAUCACUGUCUUCUUUUUCGUUCAUCUCAUAUAUUUGUGCAGCUCUUUUUUUUCCCCUCUUGUAUGUGGUUUUAAGAUGUGUUUGUUUUAAUUUGUUCCAUUAUAUAUAUGUUUUUUUUUCUUGGAAUAUUUAUUUGACACCAAGUUUAAAUAAGAUGCGUUUUUUUUAAAUUUAGGGUAAUUAGACCACAAGGCCAUCAGUUCCUCUAAACCAGCAAUGUUUUAAUAUUAGGGAUGUUGGGAUUUUUUUUUUUCUUUGUGAUCACUUUUCUGGUGCUCCAAAUCACAAUAUGCUGGACUGCAGGGGAGACUAGAACAAGCGUAUUAUCAAUAAACAGGGCAUUGGAUUGUGGGGCUCAUUAGUGUUUAGUAAAUGUUAAAGAUUAAUUAUGAUAUUAUUCCUCUGUGUAUGUGUGUGUUGCGCUGUUUCGGCACGUUGCUCAACUUAGUCACACACCGCACCCUGAAUUACUCAGAUUUGUGUUUUGUUUUGUUUGUUUUUUUCUUUUGUUUUUUUGGGUAAUAUGCACUUCCCCUUAGUGACAGAUUUGGAAUUCUGCCAUAAAGUACUUAACCCCUUGA